UUUGUCUGGAGGGUUUCACGGGAAAGUGUGGCAUUCACAACCCAGCGCUUAUGCAGUACAGAGCCUCCAUAACUGCCUCCCUGCACUGCCUUGACUAGAUCCCAGAAAACACUCAGAGAGGGAGAGAGAGAAAGAGAGAGAGAGAGAGCAGAUGUGGAGUGCGUGAAAGAGGAGGGAACUAUAAGGUGAACUCCAGAGGGAAUAUCUGAGAGCAGAAAGAGUAGAAAGGCAAGUAAGGACACAGAAGAACGUUCCACUGCUUGCAUCCUUUCACAUUCAACUUUAUUUCUCCUCAUUCCACAAGCUUUGGAACAUGGAUGUGAUUGAAGACGCCCGUUUGCACCUGGAGGUCCCAGAGCCAAACAAAUCCCUCACCGAAAUCUCAGAUGAUGAAGUCAACCUCCCUGCCUCUGAGGAUGAAGAUGAGGCCGUUGAGAACAAAGCCAAAGAGGGUGGUGAGAAAGACUUAGGUGGUGAUGGAGACAAAGGUGAGAUGAAUGGAGUCAUGGUCCUGGCUCUACUAGAUAAGAUCAUUGGGGCCGUUGACCAAAUUCAGCAAACGCAAGCUGGGCUGGAAGUCCGUCAACGGGAGAUGGAGAGAUCCGUGACAGGUAUCCAAGGGGAACUCACUAAACUGUCCAAGAGCCACACCACCACGGCCAACACAGUCAACAAGAUGCUGGAGAAGGUGCGUAAGGUGAGCGUGAAUGUGAAGUCGGUGCGGGGUAACCUAGAGAAACAAGCCGGGCAGAUAAAACGACUGGAGAGCAAUGAGAAUGAACUGCUGAAGAGGAGAAACUUCAAAGUCAUGAUCUACCAGGAUGAGGUGAAAGUACAUUCAAAAGUAAAUGUAGCCAAGUCUAUGAAGUUUUCAGAACCUGUAGAGGGAGAAGGGGAACUAGAACUCAAAGCGGCUGCGGAAGAAGGAGGAGAGGACAGUGAGAAAGUACAUCUGGACCUGUCUUCUGAUGAAGAGGAGGUCGAAAUUGAGGAGACCAUCGAGGAAACGCGCGCUGAGCGUAUCAAACGCAGCAGUCUACAACGCUACCAGAAUAUCAAAACCGUUUUUUCCAAGGAAAAGAUGGAGAAAACCAAGCAAAAGACAAAGGAGAACUUAGAGAAGACCAAACAGAAGACCAAAGACAACUUGGAAAAAACUCGCGUGAAGACCAAAGAGAACUUGGAGAAAACCAAACAGAAGACCAAGGAGAACCUGGAGAAGACCAAACAGAAGACCCGAGAAAAUCUGGAGAAAACCCGUCACAACAUAGAAAAAAAGAUGGGAAAACUAAGCACUCGCAUGUCUGUGAACCCUGAGCGCAAGGAGAAGCUCAAGUCCUCACAGAAGAAGGUGAUGAAGUCCUUCACACCUGACCACACCAUUUAUGCCCGUUCCAAAACGGCCGUCUACAAGGUGCCGCCAUUCACCUUCCAUGUGAAGAAGAUCCGUGAGGGGGAAGUGGAGAUCCAGGGAACUGAGAUGGUGGAGGUAGGUGGGGAUGUGGAGGAAGUGGAGAAUGCAGUGAUGGAGGGAGAAGAUGAUGAGAUGGAGAUGGAAGGUGGCGAGAUGGUGGAGGAGGACGAGGAGACAGAGGAAAGCCCUGAGAUGCAGGCACUGCUGGAGAUGGGAGAAGACUCAGAGCUGGUGUUGGUGCAAAAAGAUCACGAUAGAGACAGCGAUUAGAGGAAAAACAUUGUCUGCAUGUGUAUGUGUGUGUAUAUGGGCGCCUACACACUAGAGAAAGCUCUGACGAAGCAUUUGACAAAUAGGAAAAUGUUAGAUGCAUUUUUAGUGUUUGGAAACAGCUGUAAAAGUUCGAAAUCAAUGAAUGCUGCAAAUUUCUGUCAGGGUCAGGGAGGAUUAGGUAGCGCUACCCCCCACCCAGUUGGUCGAGUCCCAUCUGACGAAGAGAUAACCAAGUUGCCCACCCAAAAGAUGCCCCAGUUUCCCACCCAGAAAAUGCCCCAUGAAACAUCACAUUCUAGUACCACCCCUGGAUGAAUUGGAUUUUCCAAAAGUGCAACUGGAUGUUUGUCACUUGGAAAUUGGUCAGCAGAUGCCCACGUUGUUCUCAACUUUUGGUUGUAUGACUGUGUAACUCUCACUAAUCCUUGCAUUUUACCUCUAUCCCCAUUAAAAUCAAGGAUUCGCUGUGUUCUUUGAUGUACCACAAACUCUAGUGUGUAGGUGCCCUAAGUGUGUGUGCUGUAUACUGCUGGUCCAGAUGUUGGAUGUUGCAGGAAAAAGUAAACGUGUCCAUUUGUGUGUAUGUGCAUCAGUAUGUGUGUGUUUGCAUCUUUUCUGGCAGCAAAAUUUUAAAACAUUUAAGGAGACUCCAUUCAGUUAAUGUGUGUUUUAGUAAAUUAGUACCUCAUGUUAAAGGUGCACACAGUAGUUUCUUAACUAAAAAAAAUAAAAAAAUUUGAGUGCCAUUUUGAGUUUUCUGAAGAACUUUCUUUUUCUAACUCCUUCUAGACCGUUCUAGAGACCCUCUUGUAAAAAAAAAUUAUCAAAUGAAUUUUGAUUCAUCAAAUCGUUCAAAAGAUAAGGUGUGUUCUACUUGAACUGCAUCCUGAUUUGCCGAUCGGCGAGAUUUGCCGGUUACAGUUGGGGGAGGAGUUGAAAAGAGAGCAGCCAAGCCAGACACUUGUGCUUCUCGUCGUCUGCUGAACCCACACCAGUCACGGAAGAUCACGCAAUGUUUGCAGAUGAAAUGUGAUUCAGAUAGACAGAUGCUUGAAUUUUACACAAAAUAAUCAGAAACAUUAUUCAUUUGAAAGGUUUAUUUGCUGCUUAAUACAGUGCCUGUUGGGUGUGCAAGAAGAAAGCCCAAUAAAAUCCUGUAUUAUUUUAAUACCAAUAAAGGAGUCAGUAUUUGUAAUCAUUUUUAAUGUUUUUAAUGAAUAAACAUAAUAUUACUAGACAAACAUAAUAUAACACGAUAUAAGCAUGAUGUACUGUUACAAAAACAUGGAGUUGUGAGAGUUUCUGCCAAACUGGAGGUGUCAGAAGAAACAUCAUGAUAAUGGCAUACUACCACACAACUCUUAUUUCUGCCACAGACUGACAUAGCAGAAGUAGUAAGAGUAGUAUGUGAAGUAUGCAAUUGCGAAUGCAGCCCAUGAAACACGUGUAACCAUUGUCACGUUGUGAGUCUGGCCAAUCGUGAAUAAGCAGUGUCGUCAUUCAGAGCUUGUGCACCCAGCUGCUCUCGAAUCGCUCUCACUGUACUUUGAUGGCAUAUGUAACAGUAGCGCGAUGGUGGCGCCGGUUCAAGUCGGACAAAACUUCUAACCGACAUGCACUGCUUCAAGUCCAGCGCCGAUCGGUCUGCGCAGUGCUGCAUGAAGUUGAACACACCUAUAGGUUUUGGGCCACGCGUCCAAAUAUUCACUGGCUUAUAUCUUCUAAACAAACUGAAAAAUCAAAAUGUUUUUGACAACUUUUUGUCAUUGGAGUCUUUAGAUGAUACAAAUAAAAUGUUGUGCUAAUCGGAAUAACAGUCGAGGAGUGGUUUGAAAAAGUUUUUUUUUUUUUUUUUUUUUGGAAAACUCAAAAUGGCUGACACAAUACCAGAUUUGGAUCUUUCAAAUUGGUCAUUUUCUCCACAAGCUGCUUGUGGGUAUAUUUUUAAAUGGAGAUGGUCGCCUCAUGUUGGCUGACAUCAUAAGAUCAUAUGACCAGCCAAAUAUUACUCACUGGAUCUCAGUAACCUCCCUGUUAUUGGACACUUUCGCUCACAGAAUAAAUUAAUUAUGACUGACUGCAAAUAGCACAUUUCUUCAAUGGUAUUGGUAACAAAAAGCCUUUGCUUUUGUAUGAUGCUGCAUGAAGUCCAGCACAACAUAACAAAAAUUACCUUUAACCUUUUUUUUUAACUGAUGGGGAAGGGGUGGGGAUUGGGCAUGCUGACCAGUAAGAUGCAAACUGGGGCCAGAGGUCUCUGGUAACAUUAUUAGGCUAUUUAGAUUAUUGCAAAUAUAUAAGACAGAUGACCAUGUGAUCAAAUUAACACUAGUCUUGGACUAGAAGAUGAUUUUCAUUCAAGCAAUAUUCUCACAUUUAGAUCAGGUCAACAGUUUAAACUUUACUUAUCAUAGAAGGUGGGGGGACAAAACGAGAAAAAAAACCUGAAGUACUGCUUCUAAGUGCUAAUUUUUAUAUACAGUAUUGUGACUUUAGAGGUGAAUAAUGUUACCUUUUUUCUUAAAACAGGCUGUCACAGUCGAACUGUUACACUGAAUGUUUUGUUUUGCUAUUUUUUUCCAUCUCAAUUUAACACAUUUCACAAAUAGAAAAACAUGAUAAGGAUGUUAGAUAUUCUAGGGUUAAAACAAAAGAAGAAACUGUUUUGAAAUAUCAAAAAGAAUUUAAUACAUCAUUUUCUCCACAUGUUUUUUCAAAUCAUCAAAAUAUAUUUAGAAUUGAAAUACAAAAUCAAAUAAAAAAAUUUUUACAAUUUUUUUUAUAAUUAUAUAUAUAUUUUAUAUAAUAUAUAAAAUUACCCAACUCUAGCACAGCAGGCAGUUCAACAAAAAGGCAUCAGUGCUCAUAACCCCGUAAAACUACUUUUUGUGUAACAUUUGCACAUCCCCUUGUGGACAUUUGUGGUAAUGUUGUAAUGGGCCAAUGAAUGGUGAGCCCUUAAUUUGUUAUCCAUAGAUCUAUGAGCACAAAUGUUAUAACAAAAUAGGUAUCAACUGCAAAAAUCUCAUGACCUGCAAGCACAAUCACAUGCACUGCCAGCAGCAUCUUUUACUUUACUUUAACUUUAACCGUAUGCAUAUGAAUCAAUGAUAUUACACUGACAUUUCCAGAGUGGUCCUUUACCAUUCUCCUCAUUGCUCAGAUUGUAUUAUUUCAUCAGUUGCUUAAAAGUCUUGCAAAACUUUUCUUUCUUUAAGCAUAUUACCUGUGCUCUUUUAUAUUUGCUUGUGUAGCUGGUGAUGAAUUUUCUCUUGUAAUGUCACACUUCUGAACCACUAAUGUGUUAAUAAAAGCAACCUGCUUCACAAUC